CUGGUUGAGAAACGCGAGGGCCGCACUCUUAUAAAACACAAUGUCUUUUAGUAAUUUAUUAAUGAAAAACAGCAUAAAUGGCAGCUUGCGCAGCACACAGACAGCAGCGCUGCUGCUGCUAAACGUGAGCACGCGCCAGGGACACACGCUGCGCGGCAAGCCUCCCGGUGUGGCACGCACGCUGGAGCAGCGACUGCAAGAUGAGAACGUCACCGAUGCGGAGAUUGUGGCACGCGUUAACAUUGGCUUUCCGCAGCUGAAGCCAUCGCGUUCGGCACAGCUAAAGGCGCGCCUCGAACACCUGAAGGCCCAGCGCGCCAGCAAGGAGCUGGAGCAACUGGCACGCGGCAAUAAAUUGCUCAUCGAUUUGGACAAGGUGCAAGAGUCCUACGUGCAGAGAACGGGUCAGCAUGAUCUGCGGCUGCUGGCGGAUCACUAUGGCAUCUUUGAGCAUCUGUUUGGCAGCGCCUACUUUGUGCCGCGCGUGCCACUGACCAUACGCUACGAGCUGAACGCCGAUACCCUCAGCCCCGUCUACAAUGGCAAUGUGAUCAAGCCCUCGGAGGCGAGCAAAGCGCCCUUGGUUAGUUUCGAUGGCCAGUUGGAUCCUGUUACGGGCAAGGCAGCGCAGGGUGACAGCUACUGGACCCUGCUGGCCACCAAUCCAGAUGCACACUUCACCAAUCCCGCAGCCGAGUGUCUGCACUGGUUUAUUGCCAAUAUACCCAAUGGCAAGAUUGGUGAGGGCGAGGUAUUGGCCGACUAUCUGCCGCCGUUCCCUCCUAGGGGCUUGGGCUACCAGCGCAUGGUCUUUGUGCUCUACAAGCAGGAAUCCCGCCUAGACCUGAGCUCACACAAGCUGGAUGCCAAGGACUACAACAAUCUGGAGAAGCGCACCUUUAGCACAUUGGACUUUUAUCGCCAGCACCAGGACGAGCUGACGCCAGCGGGGCUCGCCUUCUACCAGACCAACUGGGAUGAGUCCCUGACGAAUUUCUAUCACAAUGUCUUGCAACUUAAGGAACCGAUCUACGAGUACGAUUUCCCCAAGCCAUAUCUGGCCGAUCAGAAAUUCUUUCCGCUCAAGCAGGCGUUCAAUCUGUACAUGGACAAGCACCGCGACAUCAAGGAGAUCAACAAGGAGUACCUGCAGCGCAAGCUGGCCAAGACUCAUCCCUUCGAAGGCCCAGAGAAGCCGCUGCGCUUCCCCAACGCCCAUCCGCUGCGCGACGUGCCAUCCUGGCUGAAAACGGAGAUACGCAAGCGCCGACUGGGCACUGGACGCGUUCAGGAUUACUAAGCCCACUACAAUCCAAAUUAUAUAUAUAAUUAUAGAU